AAACAGUGAAACUCCAAACCGGUGAAACAUAAAAUUAAGAUGUUUGAAGAUUUGGAUGCAGAGAGGAUAAGGAAAAGGAACAAAAACACGAACAAGUAGAAAUGCUGCUGCGCCAACACUGAACUCAGACAAACUCAAUUUGCAACCUCUCUUUCUUUUGCACUCACUGUGUUGUGAAAAUGGCUGUUGCACUAUCAAGUUGCACUUCCUUAUCCUCUGUGCUCUUCUCCACCGUUAAAUUCCGUUGCUCAUCCGGCCAACGACCCAUCAUUGCCUCUAUUCGUUGCAAUCACUCGCUCCGACUCUCCUCCUCUUCCUCCAAAUCCAAUCGUCAAAAGGAAGGUGCAGGCCACAAGAAGCAGCACUCUAAAGAUGAAAGGCCUUCAAGAGGGAAUGCUGUGGAACCCCAACCGACUUCUUCUAAAGCUUUUGGCAUUCUUAGGAGAAAUAAAGAGAUGUUUGAUUCCAAGGAUCAGCAGGUUGAACCAAGUGAUUUACAAGACUCGGCUUUCCUAAAUGCUGUUGUGAAGGUUUACUGCACCCACACUGCCCCGGAUUAUUCACUUCCUUGGCAAAAACAGAGACAAUACACUAGCACUGGAAGUGCAUUUAUGAUUGGAGACAGGAAACUAUUAACGAAUGCACAUUGUGUGGAACAUGAUACCCAGGUCAAAGUAAAGAAAAGAGGGGAUGAUUCAAAAUAUGUGGCUAAGGUGUGUCUGGUGUGAGGCUUUAGUUUUUUC